AUGGCCUGGAGUUUCCAUGGGAAAGUGCAGCUUGGGGGGCUGCUCCUCUGCCUUCUUGGCUGGGUAUGCUCAUGUAUCACCACCGUCCUGCCCCAGUGGAAGACUCUCAACCUAGAACUGAAUGAAAUGGAGACCUGGAUGAUGGGGCUCUGGGAGGUCUGCGUGAAUCAGGAGGAAGGUGCCACUGUGUGCAAGGUCUUUGAGUCCUUCUUGUCUCUGCCCCAGGAGCUCCAGGUAUCCCGCACCCUCAUGCUAGCCUCCCAGGGACUGGGACUAGGGGGACUUCUGCUCUCUGCCUUCGGGUCUGAAUGCUUCCAGUUUCACAGGAUCAGAUGGGUUUUCAAGAGGCGAUUUUGCCUCCUGGGAGGGACUUUGGAGGCAUCAGCUUCAGCUACUACCCUCUUUCCCAUCUCCUGGGUGGCCCACGCCACCGUCCAAGACUUCUGGGAUGACAGCAUCCCUGAGAUUAUACCUCGGUGGGAAUUUGGAGAUGCCCUCUUCCUAGGCUGGGCUGCUGGUAUUUUCCUAGCUCUUGGUGGGCUACUCCUCAUCUUCUCGGCCUGCCUGGGAAAAGAAGAUGCACCUUCUCCCUGGAGGGCUGACCUGAUAGCUCCACCAUCCUGUGCUCCAGUGGAAGAGUCAGACGGCUCCUUCCAUCUCGUGUCAAGACCUAGUAACCUGGUCGUCUAG